UUCCCUCUUUUCAUCUUUUCCCUCUUUCAUCUUCCAUCGAGAAAUCCUCCAUCGAGCGCCCACAUUCAAACGGCCCCUUAGAUUUCCUGCAUCGAUCUCCAUGUCCUGUCCUGCCCUGCGAUGGACCCUUCAUAGAGGCGCCUCAUCAAUCCUUCACUAGCCAUGAAGAAGAUCUGAUCUCUAAAGCUCUCUCUGUCUCUCUCUCCGGCAAACUUUCCUGGCAAAAGACACGAGUCCUGUAGGAUUUCCGGCCUCUGUCACAGAAAUCUGGCAGUUAGUCCUGCAAGACUCUUUCAGAAAUCCAGCAGGGAGGAGAAGAUACAUUCGGCCCGAUACGCGUCCCAUCCGACAAAACCAGAUAAUUUAAUGGCAGGGCUGAUUAGCGCUCACAUCGCCCCAACUCGUCUACCUUGUAGUCGUCAUCACUCGCCCCUUCCCCCUAUCUUCUUUCCUUGUUUAUCAAAGAACUUGCAUAAAUUCCUCUUGGGAUGACGAGACAAUUCAAACCUCUCACCUCAGUGAUACCCUCAGCUCAACCUCAAGACAUUGCUGCUCCUACUUGCUUUGACAACACUCUACCCACAAAAGAGGUGCUUGAGAUCUGGAGAAAUGCUGAAGCCGUCUGCUUUGAUGUGGAUAGCACUGUGUGCUUGGAUGAAGGCAUUGAUGAACUUGCAGAGUUCUGUGGUGCUGGAAAAGCUGUUGCAGAAUGGACUGCCAGGGCAAUGAGUGGAUCUGUUCCGUUUGAGGAGGCUCUAGCAGCUAGACUCUCUUUGUUUAACCCUUCGCUGUCCCAGCUCCAUGAUUUUCUUGAGAAGAGACCCCCCAGGUUGACUCCAGGCAUAACAGAUUUGAUCAAGAAGCUGAAGGCUAAGAAAACUGAUGUUUACCUGAUUUCUGGAGGCUUCCGUCAGAUGAUCCAACCUGUGGCAUUACAACUUGGAAUCCCACCUGAGAACAUUUUCGCGAAUCAACUGCUGUUUGGAAGUUCUGGGGGGUUUUGUGGGUUUGAUAUAAAUGAGCCUACUUCAAGGAGUGGUGGGAAAGCUACCACUGUUCAAAAUAUAAGAAAAGUGCAUGGUUACAGGGCUCUAGUCAUGAUUGGGGAUGGUGCAACUGAUCAAGAGGCUUGUAAACCAGGUGGUGCCGAUUUGUUUAUCUGCUAUGCUGGAGUUCAACUACGGGAGUCUGUCGCAGCCAAAGCUCUGUUUGGUCUCUUGGGGUUGCAUUGGACACCAAGAUUUUACAGUUGUUUUGCCUCCAACUCCAUUGUCUACUUGAGUUGGUUAAAGUACAUGUGGUCCUGAGGCAUCACUCAGGUUUGAGUCCCCGAGGACAGUUUCCGAGUUUCAUGAGGCGGUAGCCCUGAAAGUCUACCAAAUAAAGAAAAAAGAAAAACGAAAAAAGAAAAAAACAGAAGAAAAGAACAGAUUUUACAGUUAUUUUUAUCAUUAAUUAAUAAAACUGUGUUCUCUGAUUUUUUA